AUUUACUUCAGAAAGGACUAUGUAGAUGUGAUAAAAGAUACACAAAACAAAGAAGAUAAAGAGCUUCUACAAAAUUUGUCAUCAAGAUAUGAAGAUGUUUACUUUCAUCCAAGAUCCUAUGAAAUAGCAUGUUUGGCCGUUGGCUGUGCUGUGGAUUUGGUAACUAAUGUUUUGGAUAACAAGGUACAGAAUGGAAUGGCAAUAAUUAGACCUCCAGGACAUCAUGCAAUGGAACACAAGGCAUGUGGCUUCUGUUACUUUAAUAACGUGGCUAUAGCUGCUAAGUAUGCCUUGAAACAUUACGGCUUGAACAGGAUUCUAAUUGUUGACUGGGAUGUCCACCAUGGUCAAGCUACUCAGUAUGCUUUUUAUGAUGAUCCUAGGGUUCUGUAUUUUUCAAUCCAUCUCUAUGAGCAUGGUGCUUUUUGGCCAGAACUUCGAGAAUCUAAUUUUGACUAUGUGGGAGAAGGUUCUGGAAAAGGUUUCAAUAUUAAUGUUCCAUUGAAUAAG